UCAUGAAUUGAAUAGUUAAUAGUUAAUACACACACAACACACCCAACAAAUCUUAUAUAAAUAACCAUAACCAACCUCCCCACUACUCUGCCUCCCCUGCCUGCUUCCUCCUCCUUCUCCUUCUUCACCUCCCUGCCCUUCUCUCUCCCUCUCCUUCUCUGUCUUCCUCUGUUUUCCUCUGUUUCUCUCUCUCUGUCAGCCAUGGAUGCACCAGAAGAAGUUCUUUCUUUGGGGCCUAAAGACCCAACCCAGAUCGCCAAAGGCAAGAGAACCAAAAGGGUUAGGCCACAAUCUCCAUUGUUGCCUACCAUCUCCACAACCGACGAAGAUAAUAACACCAAGAACUCUACAGCCACCACUUCUUCUGCAGAAUUUGAAGAAAAUCUUGUCAUCAUUAACAAUAACAGCAGUAGCAGCACAGAGGAGGAGGAGGACAUGGCCAAUUGCUUGAUCCUUCUUGCUCAAGGCCAAUCUCGGGAUUCUCCCAAACUCGCCGAGGAAGAAGGCAACAUGACGACCACGAUGAUCACGACAACAAUGAAGUCUAACAACAACAACAAUUAUAAUUAUAACAGCAGUAAGAAAUUCAUGGAAGCAACCACCAUGGGAGCUAACAAAGCAGGUUUUUACGUUUAUGAAUGCAAGACUUGCAAUAAAACCUUCCCUUCUUUUCAAGCACUUGGAGGCCACAGAGCCAGCCACAAGAAGCCUAAGAACUCGCCUCCAAUGGCUGUCAUUCUAGACAAAGAGAAGAAGAAGGAGCAAGACUUUAUUCUCCACAAGAACAAUAAUGUUAAUAUGAGUCAUAACACGCUUGCUUUUCAGUUUCUGAAUAGCGGUGUCAAUGGUAAUAAUAAGAAUAAGGUUCAUGAGUGUUCUAUUUGUGGGGCUGAGUUUGCUUCUGGUCAGGCUUUAGGUGGCCAUAUGAGAAGGCACAGGGCACCCAUUGGGAUGACAACGACAAUGACAACAACGACCAAUACGAUGUCGUUGGCUCUCAGCAACAAUCCAGUGGGUUUGGAAGCAGAUCAACAUCAUAAUGAGGAUUAUCAUCAUCAACCCAGAAAGAAAAGAAAUGUUUUGUCUUUGGAUUUAGAUCUUAAUCUCCCUGCUCCAGAAGAUGAUCAGAGUGAUUCUUCAUCUUUUGCAUUUGAAAACAAGCAGCAGCAGCAACAACAAGCACGUCUGGUUUUUUCUUCUUCACCUGCUUUGGUGGAUUGUCAUUACUGAUAUUAAAAAAAAGAAAAAAAAAUCUUCGUCUUUUUUUCUCCCCUUUUUCGUUUCUUGGAAUAUUAGAAUUCAUAUUCGGUUCUACAUACAUGAUCAGGAAGCAGGCUUUGGUACAAGUUAGAGAUACAGUUUGUUUCUUUCUAUACACAAAGAUUCUUUUUUGGUAUCACAGUCAGUAAAAAGUGUUAUCUUUUUCUAUCAUGAAGCAUUCCCACUAUGAUCUAAGUGGAUAAACAGAGAUAUUAUUCCUUCUUACAAACCACAUAAUCUGUA